AAUUACUAACCUCUCUACGUCUCAGAAGAAAUGGAUGACAAGGCUUCAGGGAAACAACACGAAGAGCUCUGGUGAGCCAAGUUAGACGAGAAAGGGUGGGCUGUCCUGAUUCCUGAGGUAGUUUCCUGAAUGGAGCCUGGAGCUGCAUCGAGGAGGACGAGCAGGUUUUCUUCAUAUGAGAGGUUGGUGGCCAUCGGGUUGGCCCUUCUAGCUGUGCUUUCUCCUCUUUAUAUCGACCGGACAACGGUAGAUGAUUCAGAACUUGAUUUGGAGCAGCCUAUUAACUUUGCUUCUUGGCUGCCUCUGCUGCUCUUGGUGUUGAUCUUGGCCCUCACUUUGUCGCUUUACUUGGACCGAAGCUUUACCAGGUUUGAUCCUUACUGGAUUCACAGAGUUGGCGGUUCUUCUAGUGGCAUCACGAUAAUUCUCAUGGUUCUUGCGUUGGUGUUGAAGUUUAAAGCUUCUAUUAGGAACUGGGAGGCUUAGCUCAAAUCUUUUGUAGUACUUUUUUCUGCCAUGUAAUUUGCUUAUCGCUUUACAGAACAAAGUUCAUGUAUCUUUUUUUUUUUAUUAUAUAUAAAUCAGAAU